UUCCCGCCAUCUUGUGCCGGUCUCUGAGCUGUGCGCUCCCAUGGAGCCGGGCCGCCCGGGCCGCCCGCGGGCCCCCGACUGCGUGCGCAAGCAGAAGCGCCGGGAGCUCGACGCCCGCCGCAGCAAGUGCCGCAUCCGCCUUGGCGGCCACCUGGAGCAAUGGUGCCGCCUCAAGGAGCAGCUGGGCUUUUCCCUGCACUCCCAGCUGGCCAAGUACCUUCUGGACAGGUACAGUUCCCAGGGCUGCCUCCUGAGCCCAGGAGCAGGCGACCCGGAGCCUGACCUUCUCCAUGCCCGGGCCCUGCAGCGCCUGGUCGUCCUCUCGCACGACCACAGCCAGGAAUGCAGCUUCAUCCCCGCCGUGAAAACGCCCUCCCAGGGCUGCCGGGACAACCUGGUCUGGGAAUGCGUGGCCGGACACAGCUUCUCCUGGGGCCUCUCGGGCGAGCGGCUCUGCGCCUCGCCGCCGCCGCCACCGCCGUCCGCCGCCGCCACCGUCCGCCGCCGCUCGCUCCGCCGAGUGGGGCUCGCCGCGGACCCCCCCGAGACGGAGCCCGGCCCGAGGAAGGACGGAGGUGAACCGGAGAGGACAGAAACCUCGUCUCCCGCCGGCGACGCGGACCGAGGAGAAGAGCCAGGAGCUGGCAGCGACGAUGCUGACGCAGCUCCCCCAGCGCCGACGGAGACCGCAGCAGCGGAUCGAGAGAGCGCGAACUCCGGCUGCUCGGAUUCCCGCAGCACGCCUGUUUCGCGGGAGAAGCCGGAGCGGGGCCCCGAACCCCGGGAAGAAGAGGACGAAGAGGAGGACGAGGACUUGGCCGAGGAAGACGACCUCGCCUACGCCGACGACCUGCGGGAUGAGAACUACCACCCGUCUCUGGACAGCGACUCCGAGCCGCAGAGGCGACAGAGCCAGGGCAAAGCCCGCAAGAAACCCGUGAAGGAGGAACGGGAGAGCAGCCCGGCCGCCGCCGCCGGCCCCGCGGAGGAGAAGGGCGGACGGGUCAGCUGCAAGAAGCGAGCGGGGACGUGCGACGAGGACGUGGCCCAGAUCGGCCCGAAGAGAAUCAGGAAGGCGGCGAAACGUGAGAUCCUCCUGUGCGACUUCGAAGGCUGCGGGAAGAUCUUCUCCAACCGCCAGUACCUGAACCAUCACAAGAAGUACCAGCACGUCCACCAGAAGACCUUCACCUGCUCCGAGCCCAGCUGCGGCAAGUCCUUCAACUUCAAGAAGCACCUCAAGGAGCACGAGAAGCUGCACAGCGGACGUUACCCCUUCCUCGCGCAUCAGCUCCUCUCCUGGGCAGAAGCUGGUGGCUCCCUCGGCCUCCGAUUGACCGUAUCUUACGUCCCGAGCGUUAAUCUUCCGCUCCCUUUUCCCAACGCGGUCUCCGUGGAAACGCCAACGCACCGGCUUGCUUUCCACUUCCAAGAUCGUCCCAUCAAUCCCUCGUCCCGCUGUUUCUGGGUUGGGAAAAGCAUCCGGGCUCUCCUCCUCCUCCUCCUCGACCGGCGCGGCCACUCCUCCUCUCUCUUCCGCCCCGCAGACAAGCGCGACUACAUCUGCGAGUUCUGCGCCCGCUCCUUCCGCACCAGCAGCAACCUGAUCAUCCACCGCCGCAUCCACACGGGAGAGAAACCCCUUCAGUGCGAGAUUUGCGGCUUCACCUGCCGUCAGAAAGCCUCCCUCAACUGGCACAUGAAGAAGCACGACGCCGACGCCUUCUACCAGUUCCCCUGCGACCUCUGCGGCAAGAAGUUCGAGAAGAAGGACAACGUGGCGGCCCACAAAAGCAAAAGCCACCCCGAGGCGCCCGGCGCCCAAGGCCAGCCGGAGCCGCCGGGCCCGGCUCGCGCGCCCUCGCCCGCCGAGGGAGCCGGCGCUUCGUCUCCGACGCGGGAAGGCGCCGCAAUAAAGAAUUAUUUUGCCUAAAAGCACCUUUUGUUUUGCAU